CGCGGAGUGCGGCCCGUGGGGACUGCACGGCUCCGAGCAGGCGUUUAAAGAUGGCGGCCGCGGCGCGGGGCGGGGGAGGCUUUCCGUGAGGCGGCCGAGCUCGCCCGCCGCCACCGCCGACUCGCGGAGCAGCGGCAGGGACACGGGGAUGGCUCAGGUUGAAAGAGGAAAGGGAGAGCUGCUUGUCCAAUGAAGAUGCAGUCUUAGUCUUCAGCUAUUUAAGCUGAAUGCAUUGUGAUUUCCAAUAAUUGAGACAGUGAUUCUGAAAGCUGUCUACAUUAAUGAAAAGAACAAUGUAGUCAGCUUAACUGAAUCAUCAGUGUUGCAUAUUGACUAGAGCAUGAUAAACCAAUCUUGAUGGACUUAUGCAUGUUAGGAAUAUAGAUAUAAACAUUUAUUAAAGCGUUGUGUUUUUUAAAAACAGUAGUUUUAAAAAUGGAGAAAUAUGAAAAUGUACCUCCCCUCCCUAAAGAACCUGCAAGAGAAAUGAAUGUGGAGAAUCACACUUGUCCCCCACCUCUGCCGCCUAACGAACAGCCUCCACCACCUCCCCUGCAAACGUCCAGUGACGCAGAGGUAAUGGACGUUGGCUCUGGUGGUGAUGGACAGUCAGAUACCCCUGCUGGGGACACGCACAGUAUCUGCAGAACACAACUUCUCACAAAGGGAUCUGCCUGCUACAAAAGUCGUCUUAUAGUAGACCCUAACAAUAGUGACCAAAGCCCAAGAACUGCUCGUCAUGCACCGUCAGUUCGAAAGUUCACCCCAGAUCUUAAGUUACUUAAAGAUGUCAAAAUUAGCGUUAGCUUUACAGAAAGCUGCAAAAGCAAAGAUAGGAAGGUUCUGUACACUGGAAUUGAGCAGGAUUAUAAGGCAGAUACAGAUUUUGGUAUUAAUAAUCUCAAUGGGGAUUUGCAUGUUUGUCCUUUCGGUGGUAGUAAUGGUAAAGCUAUAGGGACAGGGGGUGAAAAUGAUGACAAGAAAGAUGAUGAAAAUGAUAUUGAUCAGGAAAAGAGAGUAGAAUAUGCAGUUCUGGAUGAGCUAGAAGAUUUUACCGACAAUUUGAUGGAAAUAGAUGAAGAAGGAGGAGGGUUCACAUCUAAAGCAAUCGUUCAAAGGGAUAAAGUGGAUGAAGAAACCUUGAAUUACUCGUAUGAGGAUGACUUUGAUAAUGAUGUGGAUGCUCUGCUGGAAGAAGGUCUUCGAGCACCCAAAACAAGGAGACUAGAAAAUGAGAAAUAUGCUGGUGAAAGUGAUCACCAGUCUGAUGGAGAAACGAGUGUGCAGCCAAUGAUGACCAAAAUUAAAACUGUACUUAAAAGUCGUGGCCGCCCUCCUACAGAACCUUUGCCAGAUGGAUGGAUCAUGACAUUCCAUAACUCAGGCAUUCCUGUAUAUCUGCACAGGGAAUCUAGAGUUGUUACCUGGUCUAGACCUUAUUUCUUGGGAACAGGAAGCAUAAGGAAACAUGAUCCUCCUCUUACUAGCAUUCCCUGCUUUCAUUACAAAAAAAUGAAGGAAAAUGAGGAAAGGGAACAAAACAAUGACAUAACCCCAAAUGGGGAAGUAUCACCUGUAAAGCACCUAGAUAAAUCUUCAGAACUGGACUGCCAAACAGAAGAACCAGAUUCCACUGCUGCUGACUCUGGGCCUUUAGAUGAGAAAGACCCUACAGGGGGAGAUGCAGCACAAGGAGCCUUAGGACAAGUUAAGGCCAAAGUUGAAGUAUGUAAAGAUGAAUCUGUAGAUCUGGAAGAUUUUAGACGCUAUCUUGAAAAGCGUUUUGACUUUGAACAAGUUACUGUAAAAAAGUUCAGAACCUGGGCUGAGAGACGGCAAUUCAACCGCGAGAUGAAGCGGAAACAGGCAGAAUCCGAGCGGCCCAUUCUGCCUGCCAACCAGAAACUCAUUACCUUGUCUGUGCAAGAUGCACCUACAAAGAAAGAAUUUGUCAUUAAUCCCAAUGGGAAAUCUGAAGUUUGCAUACUGCAUGAAUAUAUGCAACGAGUCCUAAAGGUUCGCCCUGUUUACAAUUUCUUUGAAUGUGAGAACCCAAGUGAACCUUUUGGAGCCUCAGUGAUUAUUGAUGGAGUUACUUAUGGGGCAGGAACUGCCAGCAGCAAAAAACUUGCCAAGAAUAAAGCUGCUCGAGCUACACUGGAAAUCCUUAUUCCUGACUUUGUUAAACAGACCUCUGAGGAGAAGCCCAAAGACAGUGAAGAACUUGAGUAUUUUAACCAUAUCAGUAUUGAGGACUCACGGGUAUAUGAACUCACCAGUAAAGCUGGACUGUUGUCUCCAUAUCAGAUUCUCCAUGAGUGCCUUAAAAGAAACCACGGAAUGGGUGACACAACCAUAAAGUUUGAAGUGAUUCCUGGUAAAAAUCAGAAGAGUGAAUACGUCAUGACUUGUGGCAAGCACACAGUGCGAGGCUGGUGCAAGAACAAGAGAGUGGGAAAACAACUAGCUUCUCAGAAAAUCCUACAGCUACUGCAUCCACAUGUGAAGAAUUGGGGCUCUCUUUUGCGUAUGUAUGGGAGAGAGAACAGCAAGAUGGUUAAACAGGAAACCUCUGAUAAAAGUGUGAUAGAGCUUCAGCAGUAUGCCAAAAAGAACAAGCCAAAUCUGCACAUCCUGAACAAGUUGCAGGAAGAAAUGAAAAAACUGGCCCAAGAAAGAGAGGAAACCCGAAAGAAACCCAAGAUGACAAUAGUGGAGUCUGCUCAGCCUGCUAGCGAACCUCUCUGUACUGUUGAUGUCUAAUGAGAAAACUUACAAGUGGGGAGCAAUAACAAAUGGAGGAACUAGAUUUUCAACAAUUAUUUAAAAAUUGUUUGCUGCAGAAUGCAAGAUAACUUUUAAAAUCCAAGCUGCUUCAGUUAUGCAUUGUUCUUUUUGCAUCAUCAGGGCAAUAUUACUUCUUCCUGUUUUAUUUUCUUUUUUUUUUCCUUGUUUUAAUACCUCUGAUACACGUACGUUUAAAGGAUUGAUCAUAAAGAUCUCUACUUGGGCAAAUGCACAGAGGACAGGCAUGUUCACACAGGAUGAAAUCAAUCAAGCACUUUUUCCUGCAAAGCCAUCCAUGCUGUUUGAAGUGGAUGUGUUUUUUAAGGAUGAAAUUCAGAAUAUCUAUGUACAGGUUGAAGCUGAUAUUAUAUAUAUAUACACACAUUCAUAUAUAUGUAUAUAUAAAAGAAAUAUAUGUACACCUUCUUGUAUGAACAUGCCUAAAAGUAUUUUUGUGAAAAGUUUUGUUGCAUUUCAGCACAUAAUAAUAUGCACUGAUAAGACACUUUGGUGACAAAUACAUGACAGUGAUGAGCAAUGUUCCUAAUGCCAUAGGAUUAGGCCAGUAACGCUGUUUCUUUCUGGUUUGUUUUUUGUCUCCUGCCAGGCUUAGUUAUCUGAGAUCACAGUAUGCAGACUUUUUAUUACUUGAACAGAACAAGUAUACCUGGUAGUGUUAAAAGCAACAGGCUGGAUAUCCAAAAUUACUGGGGUUUAGCUGUGUUAGUUUACAGAUCAGUUGAAAGGGGGGAAAAUAUGGCCCUAUUUAUUUGAUGAAGAUAAGAACUGUAAUUUAGAAGGCUGUUUUCAAAGCUUGGAGCCAAAACGCAGCUGAUGGUGGUUGACAGUCUGAAAACAUUUUGCCAAUGAUGUGUUUAAAGACCUUCCGCUUCCUUCUCCCAGCAAUAAAAGAACUUCUCAAUUG